AUGAUAUCACAGAGGGAAGAGAGAGAGAAGAAGAGAGUGAUGGGAGAUAAGAAAUUGAUUUCAUCGUCUUCCUCGAUUUACGAUACUCGUACUAGUAGUAAUAAUAAUAAUCACCACCCACCGUCUUCUUCCGACGAGAUUUCUCAGUUUCUCCGACAUAUUUUCGACCGUUCUUCUCCUCUCCCUUCUUACUAUUCUCCGGCGACGAUGACCACGGCGGCGAUUGGAGUGCACGGAGACCAACAUGCAGACGACACCAGAGGUUUCGCUUCACAUCCGCCGUCUGGUUCUGCGCUUCAGUCAAAGCGCGCCGCUGAUUUCUCUGAUGUUUUAAUCGGCUCCGCCGUUGGAUCAGGCUCCGCCGCCUCCCCCGCCGCAGCGUGUUUUGGUUUCUCCGGGGGUAAUAACAUUGGUCAAGGAAACAGCUCCGGGACCCGAGUUUCGUCUUCUUCCGUUGGAGCUAGCGGGAAUGAUACCGACGAGUAUGAUUGCGAAAGCGAGGAAGGAGUAGAAGCUGUGGUCGAUGAACUUCCCUCUAAGUCUGGUCCUUCUCGUAGCUCCUCUAAGCGAUGCAGAGCUGCCGAAGUUCAUAAUUUGUCUGAGAAGAGGAGGAGAAGUAGAAUCAAUGAAAAAAUGAAAGCUUUACAAAGUCUCAUCCCAAAUUCAAACAAGACGGAUAAGGCUUCGAUGCUUGAUGAAGCUAUAGAGUAUCUGAAACAGCUUCAGCUUCAAGUCCAGAUGUUGACAAUGAGGAAUGGAAUAAACUUACAUCCUCUGUGCUUACCUGGAACUACAUUACACCCAUUGCAACUCUCGCAGGCUCGACCUGUGAUUCUUCCAGAAGCAACCAAUGAUCCUCUCCUUAAUCACACCAAUCAAUUUGGAUCGACUUCUAAUGCACCGGAAAUGAUCAACACCGUGCCUUCUUCAUACGCGUUGGAGCCUUCAAUCCGGAAUCACUUUGGACCUUUCCCUCUCCUUAAUUCACACGCUGAAAUGAGUCGAGAAGGCGGGUUAACUCAUCAGAGGUUGAACAUUGGUCAUUCCAAUACAAACAUAACCGGGGAGGAGGGUGCGUUUGAUGGACAACAACCUGACAUAAAAGAUCGACAUACUUGAACAGCUUCUCUUAACUUUUGGGUUCUAUGCGUUCUUGUUUCUUAGGUAGCAAGCAACAAAGCUGCAUGUUAAUGCAUGGAGAAUGCACUUAACGGUCUUUAUUUUUUGUAAGAUUUAUUUUUCUUUAUAAAUUGUUGUUAACGCGAACUCUAGAGACUAGAUUCACUAGUCUUUUGAUCUGAUAGCUAUAUAUGUAAACUGAAGUUUAAAUUUCAAAGUAAUCGUUA